UUUUUCAUACACCGUCAUCCUUCCUCGAGCUCCAGCAUCACUCCCUGGCAACAGCAGCGAUGGCGGAGCCCGUAGCAGCAGCAUCACCCCCCCGGAGCCCGGGCCUCUCUCCCGCAGCCAGCCCGGGUUCGGAGCCUCCAUCCUUAGCUCUCUCCCCCACGGCGGACGGCUCCCAGCGGCUGCUGUUCUCCCACGACCUGGUGUCAGGGCGGUAUCGCGGCUCGGUGCGGUUCGGCCUCGUACGGAUGAUUCACGGCGAGGAGGACUUCAACUCGGACUCGGACCUCGAUGAUGGCGGAGGGAGAGGAGGCGGAGGCGGUGGUGGAGGAGGAGGAGGUGGAGGUGGAGGCGGAGGACGAGCCCCCGGUGGCUCGGACACGGAAAGCCCAGUGGACACCCUGACUCGGCCUCUCGGGAGGGGGUUUGUCCGCGUCCAGUGGUACCCUGAAGGAGGGAAGCAGGACAUCAGAGAGACAAAGCUGAAACUUGAAGACCGAUCUAUCGUCAUCCGAGACAUCGUGCGACGGAACAAUUCUAACGACAACCAGUGUGGCAUUGUGACUAACAUCGACAUCGAGUGUGCGGUGAAACUGGUGGGAACAAAUUGCGUACUAUAUCCAGUUAACAGCAAAGACCUGCAGCACAUCUGGUCUUUUAUGUACGGUGACUACAUCGCCUAUGACUUCUGGCUGGGGAAAGUGUACGACCUGACUAAUCACAUCAUCCUCAAGCUCUCCAAUGGAGCCAGGUGCUCCAUGAGUGUGGAAGACGGUGCCAAGCUUUACGACGUCUGUCCACAUGUCAGCGAUUCGGGUCUGUUCUUCGAUGAGGCGUAUGGUUUCUACCCAGGCCAGGUCCUGAUUGGUCCGGCCAAAGUCUUCUCUAACGUACAGUGGCUGUCAGGGGUCAAACCUGUGCUCAGCAGGAAGUGCAAGUUCAGGGUGGUGGUAGAAGAGGUAAAGGUGGUUGAACUGAAGGUGACGUGGAUCACCAAGAGCUACUCUCCCAAAGGCUCUGACAGCGUCUAUCCACCUCCCUCCACCAUCACACAGGAGAAUCUCUGCAGGGUGAGGCGUCUAGGCUACUAUGACCACACCCAAAGGCAGCUCGGAGAGAGGGCUCUAUACAUCUUCCCUGCCAAGGGGGACGCCACACGCAUCACAUGUGAAGGACCAGAGGGUGCCCCUGUCCUGCCAGAGGACCCUGUGGCCAGAAGGUUGAAAAGAAUGUUCAAGAAGGAUUCAGGAAAGAAGACGGAGAACGCAGAUACACAAGGCGAGCACAAAUCAGAGCAGACAGACUCAUCUCAUCCCAACAACAAUGGGCCUGUGUCAGCCGUGCAGAACACUCCCGACUCCCAAAACAUUGACACCUCUGCCGAACACGGGGAGCAGGACGCUGACGACGAGGCAGCAGAGGACACUGACGACACCAGCUCUCUCACAUCAUCGGCGAGCUCCACGGCUUCCUCUCAGAGUGGCGGUCUGGGAACGAACCGCAAGAAGAGCAUCCCGCUCUCAAUCCGCAACCUUAAGAGGAAGCACAAGAAGAAGAGGACCAAGUUCUCCCGCGAGUUCAAGCCUGGUGACCGGGUUGCAGUGGAAGUUGUGUCCACAAAGACCACGGCCGAUGUGAUGUGGAAGGACGGACGAGUAGAGAAAGGGAUCCGAUCAAAUGACCUUAUCCCCAUCCAGCACCUCGACAGCCACGAGUUUUGUCCAGGGGACUUUGUAGUAGACAAACGACCCCAAGCCCUCCAGGACCCAGGGGUGUAUGGUGUGAUCCAGUCUGGCGAUCACAAGGGCAGAACAUGUGUUGUUAAAUGGAUCAAACUGAACUCCUCCAGUGACGACGUGGAGGUUAUCGGUAUAGAGGAGGAUGUCAGCGUGUACGAUAUCUCGGAUCACCCAGACUUCCACUUCCGUACCACCGAUAUUGUCAUCAGAAUAUGGAACUCGGAGAACGGACAGAACGAAUGCGAAAAUGAGACGUCGGUAGGCCAGGUAUCCAGGGUGGAUGUGAGCAGCAAAGUGGAGGUGGUGUGGGCGGACAACUCCAUGACUAUCGUCCUGCCACAGCACCUCUACAACGUGGAGUCUGAGAUCGAGGAGACCGACUAUGACUCGGUGGAGGAGACGAGCAGCGUCCUGUCCACUGAGGAGUGGGAGGAUGAGAGCGACAGCUGGGAGACGGACAAUGGUGUCACCACUGAGGAUGACAGCCACAUCAACAAUGCAGAUGUCGCUGACACUGUGACCCCGACCCCCACACCCACUGGCACCACCAUGUUCAUCAUCCCACCUCAAGACGGCAACAAAGCAGGGGUCACCAGCCCCACUAAAGCAGUAUCUGGAGAGGAGGGGGAAGCGUCUGUGGCUGCCGCUAGUCCUACUGCUGGAGGAGGAACCACUCCAGGAGGAGCUGUCAAUGGAGCGGAGAAGCCCUGUAAAGAUGGCGCCUCUCGAGGCUUCAGGGAGUUGAAAGAGGCCUUGAAGAUCCUGGAGAGCCUUAAGAACAUGACUGUGGAGCAGCUCUGGACCGGCGGCUCUCCAACAUCCCCGACCUCUGCCGAACCCGCUUCCACAACUCAUGUAGCAAGUUCAGUGACGCCCACGGCCCCCGAGAAACCGACCAAGGAGAAACGCUUCCUAGACGACAUCAAGAAGCUACAGGAGAACCUGAGGAAGACGCUGGAUAACGUGGCCAUCGUGGAGGAGGAGAAGAUGGAGGCUGUGGUGGAAGCAGGAGGGGGUGCAGGAGCAGGAACGGAGGUCGAGAGAGUCGGAGAGGAGAAGCCUCAGCAGGAGCCACAGACACCAGUGAGUGGACAAGAAUGGCCCAGCGAGUUUCUCAGCGACACGCCUGUACUGUGCCAACAGAGCGGUGGCAAACCUGGCGUCACCUUCACCAGUGCCAAGGGAGAGGUGUUCUCUGUGCUGGAGUGGGCACCAGACACACACUCUUUUAAGAAAAUGGAGUUUCAGCCGGCAGAGGCCAAGAAGUUCUUCAGCACAGUGAGGAAGGAAAUGGCUCUGCUAGCGACAUCACUGCCAGACGGCAUCAUGGUCAAAACCUUUGAAGAUCGCAUGGACCUGUUCUCAGCUCUGAUCAAAGGGCCGACUCGUACACCCUACGAGGACGGUCUCUUCCUGUUUGACAUCCAGCUGCCCAACAUCUACCCAGCUGUGCCACCUCUGUUUCGCUACCUGUCUCAGUGCAGCGGCCGCCUCAAUCCCAACCUCUACGACAACGGGAAGGUGUGCGUGAGUCUGCUGGGCACUUGGAUCGGCAAGGGCACUGAGAGGUGGACCAGCAAGUCCAGUCUGCUGCAAGUCCUCAUCUCCAUACAAGGCCUUAUCCUCGUCAAUGAGCCUUACUACAAUGAGGCUGGCUUCGACAGUGACCGAGGCCUACAGGAGGGAUAUGAGAACAGUCGCUGCUACAAUGAGAUGGCCCUGAUCAAGAUGGUCCAGUCUAUGACACAGCUCCUCCAGAAUCCCGUGGACGUUUUCAAACAGGAGAUCCAGGAGCACUUUAUUUUGAACGGCUGGCGGCUCGUCCACCGCCUGGAUGUGUGGCUUGAAUUGAACGAUGCUGCUGAGAGGAGUCACGCAGCACACGUGUCCUCCAGGCCUCACCACUCGAAGGAGCGACCUUCAUCUGUGGAGCCUUUGGAUGAGCAGCUGCCUCUAGGAUCAGUGUCAGUGGCCCACAGCAGCCCCUGUAAGCCUGGGGAGGAGGGGGUCACAGGAGCAGUUGUCACCAGUAUUAUGGAGGAGGAGCUGGAGGAUUCAGGGCUGAGCCCCUCAACUACAGCGGCCUCUCAGCAGGAGCUGAGCCAGAACUCAGACUGCGACAGCACCCAGGGAAACACCUCUCUGAGUGGUGAAAAUAAGGGCUCUGGUUCUGUCGUCCGCAGUGGGACGUCAGAAUCAGGUUCUGCCACAGUUGGGGCAGGAGGGACGGGCUCCACAGGAAGCCAGCCAGUGGUGCGACCAAAGAAACGGAGAAAGAGCUACCGGAGUUUCCUCCCAGAGGGCAGUGGCUACCCGGACAUCGGCUUUCCGCUCUUCCCGCUCUCUAAAGGGUUUGUGAAGAGUGUUCGAGGUGUGCUGCAGCAGUACCGAGCUGCGCUGGCCACCGCUGCCAUCCCCGAUCACAUAGAGGACAAGUAAGUGCCUCCUCACCCGCUCCCCAACACACCCCUGCACUGUUCCCUUCGCUUUUCCUCCUCUUCUACCUUUUCAUCUGCCUCAAGCUGUAGAGGAGGAUCCAUUACUUGUCUGGCGGGGGCUACGACUUUAAUUCUUCUGUACGCCUGUUCAGAGCUGCACUGUGCCCCCAGCACUGCCCCCAGUUUUGCUCUUUGCCUCCAUUUCUAAGUCUUUACUGCCCCCGCUGCCCCAACUCCACAACGCUUUGCCUUCCCCCCCCCCCAAAAUUCCUCUCGAUCAAACCAUGACAGCAGGAGAGAGCAGCACCUUUCCAUCAGGAGAGUUAGCAAGUCCUGGUUUGGA